AUCCAAGUUUGCUCCGAUAUUUACCACACGAACCACGGAAAUUAAUUUUGCGACUUGAAAAGAGGCUUUCCUUCGUUUGGCGAAAGUAUUUUUCGGACAGCGUAUCAAUAAGCUAUUUGUUGGCAAAUUCGCAUAAUGUCGCAAGAAGUGGAAGAAACUCUCAAGCGGAUUCAAUCGCACAAAGGUGUCGUAGGAACGAUUGUGGUUAACAAUGAAGGCAUCCCCGUGAAAAGCACUCUCGACAACACGUCCACCGUUCAGUACGCCGGUCUGAUGAGCCAGCUGUCCGAUAAGGCACGGUCGGUGGUGCGCGAUUUGGAUCCUUCGAACGAUCUGUCCUUCCUGCGGGUGCGUUCGAAGAAGCACGAAAUUAUGGUCGCGCCCGAUAAGGACUUCCUGCUGAUCGUCAUACAGAACCCGACGGAUUGAGCUCGGAUGCGUGAAUGUGGGACAGCUUUUGCUUUAUCCGUUCUAAUUUUAUCAAUUUGCCUUUCGGGCCCUGGUGCAGGCAGAAAUGGGCCCGACAAUUUGUGCCCAACGCACUACGAGUAAUUUAGCGAAACAUGAGUGCAUAGGACGCGGAUGGGUUGGUCGGUCGUGAUGAGCAUUGCAGCAUUUCCGUGCAAAUGGAGUGAAAUUAUUAAUCCGUUGUAGUGCAGUAUACCACUAAGGGCUUAAAUAAUACAACUUCCUGGUUUUGUCAAGUUUUUUGAUUUAUUUUUCUCUCAUCAUAUAAACCUUCAGCAAAAUGCAAACACAAUGAACAAGUUCAAGUUCUUUUAAUACUUCGGAGUGUGCAAAAGUCGUUCCGAAUCCGUAGCAACGGUUCCUCUUUUCAAUCGUUCGGUGCUUUCUAUCCGUUACACGCUAUAUCAUCU